GCGCGGUUCAACACUCAGAAACAGAGAACCAGAAACACCAAGGUCUCCUCCAAAUUCCCCCGAGAGGUCAGAGAAGCCAUCAUUCAUUGCAUUACGAUCUCGGACGCAGAGAGAAAACGCGGAGAGCUUUCGUCCCUGCGCAGACGCCAUGGUUAGCUCGUGGAGAGCUCGCGGAUCUCUCGUCGUGCUUGCGAUCGUUACAUUCGGGUGCCUUUUUGCAAUUUCCAUUGCGAAAGAAGAAGCGACCAAGUUGGGAACAGUCAUUGGAAUUGAUCUUGGAACCACUUAUUCCUGUGUUGGUGUUUACAAGAAUGGUCACGUGGAAAUUAUAGCCAAUGACCAGGGUAACCGUAUCACCCCCUCAUGGGUGGCCUUCUCUGACAGUGAGAGACUGAUCGGUGAGGCUGCUAAGAACCAGGCAGCUGUGAACCCUGAAAGGACUGUCUUUGAUGUCAAGAGACUUAUCGGACGAAAGUUUGAGGACAAAGAAGUUCAGAAAGACAUGAAGCUUGUUCCUUACAAGAUUGUUAACAGAGAUGGAAAACCUUAUAUCCAAGUGAGGAUCAAGGAUGGUGAGACCAAGGUUUUCAGCCCUGAAGAGGUCAGCGCCAUGAUUUUGACCAAGAUGAAGGAAACAGCCGAAGCAUUCCUUGGGAAGAAAAUCAAGGAUGCCGUCGUUACUGUUCCUGCAUACUUCAAUGAUGCCCAAAGACAGGCAACCAAGGAUGCCGGUGUGAUUGCUGGGCUGAAUGUUGCUAGGAUUAUCAAUGAACCAACUGCAGCCGCCAUCGCAUAUGGUUUGGACAAGAAGGGCGGUGAAAAGAACAUCCUUGUCUUUGACCUUGGUGGUGGAACUUUUGAUGUCAGUAUUUUGACAAUUGAUAAUGGUGUUUUCGAGGUUCUUUCCACAAAUGGAGACACUCAUUUGGGAGGUGAGGACUUUGACCAGAGGAUCAUGGAGUACUUCAUCAAGUUGAUUAAGAAGAAGCACGGAAAGGACAUCAGCAAGGACAACAGAGCCCUUGGAAAACUCAGAAGGGAAGCUGAGCGUGCCAAGAGAGCACUCAGUAGCCAGCACCAAGUCCGUGUGGAGAUUGAAUCCCUUUUCGAUGGAGUGGACUUCUCUGAACCCCUCACCAGAGCUAGAUUCGAGGAGUUGAACAAUGACUUGUUCAGAAAGACCAUGGGACCUGUGAAGAAGGCUAUGGACGACGCUGGCUUGGAGAAGCGCCAGAUUGAUGAGAUUGUGCUUGUUGGUGGAAGUACCAGGAUUCCCAAGGUCCAACAGCUUCUUAAGGACUACUUUGAUGGCAAGGAGCCGAACAAGGGUGUGAACCCUGAUGAGGCUGUUGCUUAUGGUGCCGCUGUACAAGGAAGCAUCUUAAGUGGAGAGGGUGGUGAAGAAACGAAAGAUAUUCUUCUCCUUGACGUCGCACCACUCACCCUCGGUAUUGAAACUGUUGGAGGAGUGAUGACCAAGCUUAUCCCAAGAAACACCGUGAUCCCAACCAAGAAAUCCCAGGUUUUCACCACCUACCAGGAUCAGCAGACAACCGUCUCCAUUCAGGUCUUUGAGGGUGAAAGGAGUCUCACAAAGGAUUGCAGGAACCUCGGUAAAUUUGAUCUUUCCGGAAUUCCUCCAGCUCCAAGGGGAACUCCUCAAAUCGAAGUCACAUUCGAAGUGGAUGCCAACGGUAUCCUGAACGUCAGGGCAGAAGACAAGGGAACUGGUAAAUCCGAGAAGAUCACCAUCACAAACGACAAGGGUCGUCUCAGCCAGGAGGAGAUUGAGCGCAUGGUUAAGGAGGCAGAAGAGUUUGCCGAGGAAGACAAGAAGGUGAAGGAGAGAAUUGAUGCCCGCAACAGCCUCGAGACCUAUGUCUACAACAUGAAGAACCAGAUCAAUGACAAAGACAAGCUUGCUGACAAGCUUGAAUCCGAUGAGAAGGAAAAGAUUGAGACCGCGACAAAGGAAGCCCUCGAGUGGUUGGAUGACAACCAGACCGCCGAGAAGGAAGACUACGACGAGAAGCUCAAGGAGGUCGAAGCCGUGUGCAACCCCAUCAUCUCAGCCGUCUACCAGAGGUCAGGAGGUGCCCCGGGUGGUGCCGGAGCCUCGGAGGAGGACGAUGAGUCACAUGACGAGCUUUAAAAGAGUAGUUUAUUUCAUUUUCAUCGAACACAGUCGGAAGCAGUGAGGAGAGAGAGGGGUUAUAGGUUUAGGGGAAGAAGACUUUUACUGUAAUUUUUCCGAUGGGAAUAGAAGAAGCCAAGGGAGACGAAUAUCGACUCUCUCGGCUUAUCGGGUCUUUUUGUUAGAACAUGUAAUUUCAUUAUUUUGAUAAAAAAAAAAAAAGGUUCAAAAUUUGAUU